AUGUUAAAGGAUAACAUUUAUAAUAAUGAUAAUAAUAAUAAUAAUAAUAAUAAUGAUGGAGAUAAUAAUCAUAUUGAUAGGAUCAAGAAAUGUGUUGAAGAUAUACAUAACAUUGAGACUAAACACUUGAAGGAUGUCUCAUCACUUGGACAUGUGUUGUCCAAGGACACUUCACAACUGAUCAACAGUAUAACAAACGAUACCUUUGCUAAGAUCGCAGUAUGUGGUACUAUUGGCUCUGGGAAGACAGCACUGAUCCGAUCACUACUGGAUGAUAUACCAUUACCCACUGGUAAUGGAGGAAAGACAAAGAGAAUAUGUGUUGUGAGAUAUGCAGAGUUGAAGGAUGCAAAGGUUAGCUUGUGUACUUUGGACAGGACCAAUUCAAAGUUGAAGCCAAUCCCGGAUAAGGCAGCCACCUCACUCGCCCAAUACCCAACGACAAAGGAGAUCGACAGGCAACUUCUUGACAAAUUCAUCCGAUGGGACCCAUCACAAGAGUGCAAGUUUAAAGAGUUUAUCUCAAAGAUCGUACUCAUCGAGUAUCCAAUCACACUACUAAAGUGUGGCGUCGAGCUGUUUGACAUCCCAGGCUAUGGCCCAAAUGACACAAACAGCUUCAAGGAGCUGAGACAGGCAUUCUUGGAACACAUGGACCCACAUGGUGUACUGUUCUGCUUCCCCAACAGCACCUUCACGCCCGAGGACAGGAAUAUAUACAACCACAUCCUUCAAACACUUGGCAUCAAGCAGCCUCAUGGAGACAGGGUCUUUGUUGUCAACACCAUGUUCAGUUUGCUAUCGCUGGCCUAUGACCUCGGAGUCAAUCACCUCAAUGAUCUCGAUUGCUUGAUGGCCGAGGUGGACAAGCUGGAUCAGAUGAUCGUCAAAACGAUCAAUUUUGGUGCCGACCAUAUCAACAACAGCAACAACCUUGUCAACUUCUCACGUAUCAAUUCGUUGGAGUAUUUGGAGAGACUCCCAAAUGGCCUGGUCACCUUCAAUCGGUUCAUCAAACGUCUUACAAGGUGGAUGAUGAUGUUGGAGCACCGUCGACUGUGCACAUCCUAUCGAUUGAUCAUCAACGACUGUGGCAGGUACUUACGCACCUACCAACAACUAUGCUCCAAGUCAUUGAUGAACAAGGAGGUCGAGAACUUGGAAAUUCUUUGCGAGUCAAUCGUUCGCAGUCUGUCAUUGGUAGUUAAGGAUGUCACAUUCGAGGAUUUCGUAGACAAUCAUGACAUCUAUAGCCAGGCACUAUCAAUGGCCAAGUCAAUCAAUAUCCCAAAUUAUGAUGAGCAAGCACUAUGCGCUCCUCUUGGGUCCCACCUUGAGAGCUCUCAACUGACACGCACGCUCUUUGGAGUAAUGUUCUUCACCAACAUUGACACACCUUACCAUAUAGCCAAACAUGUUGCGAAGCAGUUAUUUGAUUACGUUGAAAUACGUUGUAUGGUCAUUGGAAUGAUAUCCUCGGUCUUUUCUUUGUUUGGAGCUCGAAACAUUGACACUCUAAAGAAGAUGGAUGACGACUUUAAGGAAAAGGUGAUCAGUCGCCUUUUUAAGGAGCUCAACCAUUGGAUCAGUAUAGGUGACCUUCAUAGAUUGUGCGAUAAGAUCAAAGGAAUGAUCGAUUUGAUCAAGAUGGACAUCCAGAAGUUCAAAGACGUUCACAGCCAAAUCGGCAAUAUCAAUCACUUGUUUGGAUUGGUCUCGGCCUCGACCAUGUCUGCACUCACAUGUUUGAUUGAUCCUUCAUACAAACCAGUGAUCUCAGAUCAAGACCACCAUGGUAAUGGCUAUAUCAAUCUCCAUAAGGGAAUGCUCCAAGGUCUGCCAGUGACCAUCAGGACACUACACUAUGGUGAUGGCAAUCCCAACUCUCACCACCAACUAAUGUUUAUCAAACAGUUCCAACUUGGAUUCCAAAUCAAGUACAACCUCAAGCAGAAAGAUCCAAAGACCAAGCACAAGGGUAUGAUCACUCAAUUGGGUAUCUUCAAGGACGAGGCCAGGAAGGAGUGGCAACUUGUCAAUCCACACUAUGAUUGCAACCUGCUCACAUUUGUCAAUCGAAUGAUCAUGUAUCUUAAAUGGAAGGAGCUGGUCAACAUCGCCAUUGACAUUGCAGGAUGCAUAGAGGUGUUGCACAGCAUCAACUAUGUCCACGGAAGUAUCAAUUUGGAGAACAUCCUCAUUAAGUAUGACAACCGAUUCGAUAGUAUCACUGACCUGGUACUUGGUUACUGUGACACCGUCAACGUUGUCAUGGACAAUAAUCCAACAACAAUGUCAUCUGAUGUCUAUGCCUUCAGUGGCAUACUCUACGAGUUGAUACCAAAGCCAAGGUUCAAACAAGCCAACAUUGAAUCCUUUAGCAAGGGUGAAGAUGAGCACUUGAAGAGUGUAUCUGUACCAUAUCGUCAACUGAUCAUUGAUUGUUCUCAAUCAAAUGCAGUCCUUCGACCAAGUAUCAAAGAUGUAAAGUCAACUCUAUGCUCCAUCGCUUCGCAACUUUAA